UACGAUGGUUCAAAUUCCUUUGCAUAAAAACAUUUAUUAUACACGGAAGUAACGGAUGCGUAUAAUGUUUUUAUGAGAUUAUUUCAAGAAAGUUGAAGUCGUUAUCAGUUCAAGCUUUAGAAAUGUCAGAAAUUCGACAAAAAUCACUUGGUCCUGAACAUGUUGAUGUAGCUACUACUUUAAACUAUCUUGGUAAUUUGUACCAUCGUAAUAAAGAAUAUGACAAAGCAAGAGAAUUUGAAGAAAGAGCGCUGGAAAUUCGACUAAAAUCACUUGGUCCUGAACAUGUUGAUGUGGCUACGACUUUAAACAAUCUUGGCAAUUUGUAUCAUCGUAAUAAAGAAUAUGACAAAGCAAGAGAAUUUGAAGAAAGAGCGCUGGAAAUUCGACAAAAAUUACUAGGUCCUGAACAUGUUGACGUUGCUACGACUUUAAACAUUCUUGGCAAUGUGCAUUAUGAGAACAACAAAUAUGACAAAGCCAAAGAGUGUUAUGAAAAAGCGUUGGAAAUUCGAGAAAAAUCACUAGGACCUGGGCAUGUCGAUAUAGCUACGACUUUAAACAAUCUUGGCAAUUUAUAUCAUCGUAUUAAAGAAUACGACAAAGCAAGAGAAUUUGAUGAAAAAGCGCUGAAAAUUCAACAAAAAUCACUAGGUCCUGAACAUGUUGAUGUAGCUACGACUUUAAACAAUCUUGGCAUUGUUCAUUAUGAUACCUUCAAAUAUGCCAAAGCCAAAGAGUGUUAUGAAAAAGCGCUGGAAAUUCGACAAAAAUCACUAGGUCCAGAACAUGUUGAUGUAGCUACAACUUUAAACAAUCUCGGCCAUGUGUACUAUGACACCAACAAAUAUGCCAUAGCCAAAAUAUGUUAUGGAAAAGUUUUGGAAAUUCGACAAAAAUCAUUAGGACCUGGCCAUGUCGAUGUGGCAAAUACUUUAAACAAUCUUGGCAAUGCGUACCAUCGUACUAAAGAAUAUGACAAAGCAAGAGAAUUUCAUGAAAAAGCGCUGGAAAUUCGACAAAAAUCACUAGGUCCUCAACAUUUUGACUUGGCUACGACUUUAAAUAUUCUUGGUAAUUUGCAUCAUUGUACUAAAGAAUAUGACAAAGCCAAAGAGUGUUAUGAAAAAGCGUUGGAAAUUCGAAAAAAAUCACUUGGUCCUGAACAUAUUGAUGUAGCUACGACUUUAAACAAACUUGGUAAUUUGUAUCAUCGUAGUGGAGAAUAUGACAAAGCAAGAGAAUUUUGUGAAAAAGCAUUGGAAAUUCGACAAAAAUCACUAGGUCCUGAACAUGUUGACGUGGCUACGACCUUGAACAUUCUUGGUAUGGUGUAUUAUGAGACCAACAAACAUGCCAAAGCCAAAGAGUGUUAUGAAAAAGCGUUGGAAAUUCGAAAAAAAUCACUUGGUACAGAACAUAUUGAUGUAGCUACGACUUUAAACAAUCUUGGUAACGUGUAUUAUGAGACCAACAAAUAUGCCAUAGCCAAAGAGUGUUAUGAAAAAGCGUUAGAAAUUAGACAAAAAUCACUUGGUCCUGAACAUGUUGAUGUAGCUACGACUUUACACAAUCUUGGUAAUUUGUAUUAUCGUAGUAAAGAAUAUGACAAAGCAAGGGAAUUUUGUGAAAAAGCGUUGGAAAUUCGACAAAAAUCAUUAGGUCCUGAACAUGUUGACGUUGCUACGACUUUAAACAUUCUUGGUAAUGUGUAUUAUGAGAAAAUCAAAUAUGCCAAAGCUAAAGAGUGUUAUGAAAAAGCGUUGGAAAUUCGACAAAAAUCACUUGGUCCAGAAAAUGAUGAUGUAGCAACGACAUUAAACAAUCUUGGUCAUGUUUAUUAUGAGACCAAGAAAUAUGCCAUAGCCAAAGAUUGUUAUGAAAAAGCGUUGGAAAUUCGACAAAAAUCACUAGGACCUGGCCAUGUCGAUGUGGCAAAUACUUUAAACAAUCUUGGUAAUGUGUACCAGCGUACUAAAGAAUAUGACAAAGCAAGAGAAAUUCAUGAAAAAGCGCUGGAAAUUCGACAAAAAUCACUAGGUCAUAAACAUAUUGACGUGUCUACGACUUUAAACAUUCUUGGUAAUUUGUAUCAUUGUAUUAAAGAAUAUGACAAAGCCAAAGAGUGUUAUGAAAAAGCGCUGGAAAUUCGACAAAAAUCACUUAAUCCUGAACAUGUUGAUGUAGCUACAACUUUAAACAAUUUUGGUAAUUUGUAUCAUCGUAAAAAAGAAUAUGAAAAAGCAAAAGAAUUUUGUGAAAAAGCGUUGGAAAUUCGACAAAAAUCACUAGGUCCUGAACAUGUUGACGUGGCUACGACUUUAAACAUUCUUGGUAAUGUGUAUCAUGAGACCAACAAAUAUGCCAAAGCCAAAGAGUGUUAUGAAAGAGCGUUAGAAAUUCGACAAAAAUCACUUGGUCCAGAACAUAAUGAUGUGGCUACGACUUUAAACAAUCUUGGUCAUGUGUAUUAUGAGACCAACAAAUAUGCCAUAGCCAAAGAGUGUUAUGAAAAAGCGUUGGAAAUUCGAAAAAAAUCACUUGGUCCUGAACAUGUUGAUGUAGCUACGACUUUAAGCAAUCUCGGUAAUUUGUACCAUCGUACUAAACAAUAUGACAAAGCAAGAGAAUUUUAUGAAAAAGCGUUGGAAACUCGUCAAAAAUUACUUGGUCCUGAACAUGUUGACGUGGCUACGACUUUAAACAUUCUUGGCAAUGUGUAUCAUUGUACUAAAGAAUAUGUCAACGCCAAAGAGUGUUAUGAAAAAGCGUUGGAAAUUCGAAAAAAAUUACUUGGUCCUGAACAUGUUGAUGUAGCUACGACUUUAAACAAUCUUUGUAAUUUGUAUCAUCGUAGUAAAGAAUAUGACAAAGCAAGAGAAUUUUGUGAAAAAGCGUUGGAGUUUCGACAAAAAUUACUAGGUCCUGAACAUAUUGACGUGGCUACGACUUUAAACAAUCUUGGUAAUGUGUAUUAUGAGACCAACAAAUAUGCCAAAGCCAAAGAGUGUUAUGAAAAAGCGUCGGAAAUUCGAAAAAAAUCACUUGGUCCAAAACAUGUUGACGUGGCUACAACUUUAAACAAUCUUGGUAAUGUGUAUUAUGAGACCAAUAAAUAUGCCCUAGCCAAAGAGUGUUAUGAAAAAGCUUUGGAAAUUCGACAAAUAUCGCUUGGUCCUGAACAUGUUGAUGUAGCUACUACUUUGAACUAUAUUGGUAAUUUGUAUCAUUGUACUAAAGAAUAUGACAAAGCAAAAAAACUUCACGAAAAAGCGUUGAAAAUUCGAAAAAAAACACUAGGUGGUGUUGGAAUUGUUAAUGUUGCUACGACUUCAAACAAUCUUGGCAAUAAAUACCAUCGUAGUAAAGUAUUUGACAAAGCGAAGGAAUUUCACGAAAAAGCACUGGAAUCACCAAAAAAAUUAAUUGGUCCUGAACAUGCUGAUGUGGCUACGACUUUAAACAAUCUUGGUAAUGUGUAUCAUUCUACUAAAGAAAAUGACAAAGCAAAAGAUAUUUAUGAAAAAGAGCAGGCAAGUCGAAAAAAAUCAGUUGCUUUGGAUCAUGUUGCUGUUACAAUUACUGAAUCUUCGAACAGUAUUGAAAAAAAGUCUGAUGAUACUGCUGAUGCUAAAUCGCCUUCAAAUUUACACGUUCAUACGGAGAAAAUAGAAGAAAGCCUUGAUCUGUUUGAACAUGCUGAGGGUACUGCUCAACUUACGUGGGAAAGUGCCAAAGUUCGUCAGAGCUUUGUGCGUAAUGCGAAGAAGGCAUGGACUCACAUCUGUCUGGCUAUUGAACCAGAAUAUCAAAUUCAUGUACGCCAUACCACAACUGCAAAAGAAGCAUGGGACGCUCUAAAGAAGCAAUUUGCUAGAGAAUCUCUGUUACAGAAACUAAAAGAAAUGGGGGUAGAAGUAGAUGACAAAGAACUGGCAAUGACACUCUUAGCGAGUUUGCCUGAAGAGUUCAAACCCUUGAUUACAGCCCUGGAUGCAAUAGGUGAUGACUCCUUAUCGUACGACAAAAGGGCAUUUUGCUCGUCACUGUCCAAGAAAAAGGUCCUCGACGACAAGAACAAGAAAAGUAAUGAAAGAAAGAAAGGUGAAUCUGUUAGCUGUGUAGAGAAAGAGGAUGAUGAUAAUAUGGUGGAAGACGAAGCAUUGUAUACCUCAAGUUCAUGGAAUAAUAACAGCUGGAUUAUCGACUCAAGUGCCACACAGCACAUGACCUAUAAUAAGAGCAAUUUGAUUGAAUAUGUUCAAUUUUCAAAUCCAUCAAUUGUUAAUCUUGGAGAUAAUAGAAGUAUUCUUGCAUAUGGUAAAGGGGUUUGCCGCAUUAUUGCUGAUGCAAAUGAAAGACCUCAGAAGAUAAGUUUGCGAGAUGUGUUGUAUGUACCAGAUCUUGGUAGGAAUUUGCUUUCUGUAAGAGCCAUGACAAAGCUUGCAGCAUGUGUUACUUUCAGAGAUGAUCAAUGUGAAAUCUUUAGAGGUACAAAGUUGUUGGCAAGUGAUAUAUUGCUGGAAAAACUGUAUGUAUUGAAAAUCAAGGUAACUAUGUGA